AUGUCCACACCGUACAACGGAAGACAGAGAAUGUCGUUCCACCUUGAUAAGAUAGAUCCGAAAUUGCUAUCAGAAAGUCCAUCGUCGGACUCGUUCGACAAAAAUGGAAAAGUCAUGAGGAUGACUGUCCUAUCAAAUUCAACUAUAGUUAUCAAAUUCGACAAUGUACGUUCAGUCGUUGGAGACGUCUUUGAAUUCAUUGUUAUUAUGUCCAAGAACGAUCCUUCAAAAGCACCCUCUUCAACUAAUGAUACUUCAGAAGAAACCUCUUCAAACAAUGAUUCUUUAGGAUCAGUUCCUACAAGUACUUUCUCCAAGAUAAUGUCCAUAUGGGAGUCUAUGAACAAGGCAAGCGAAGAACACGUUUACGUGUUGGAUCCGCCAAAACUUGAAACUGUAGCAGAGUUGAUAAAGACAGGGAAAGUAAAGAAUAUUAUAGUAAUGGCAGGUGCUGGAAUAUCGACUGAUGCUGGUAUCCCGGAUUUUCGAUCACCUGGCACCGGUCUAUACGACAAUCUUCAAAAAUAUGACUUGCCCUAUCCCGAGGCCAUAUUUGACAUAGAAUAUUUCCGGCUCAAACCAGAACCGUUUUUUGAGCUAGCAAGAGAAUUGUAUCCGGGGAAUUACUUGCCAACAGCAACGCAUUACUUUAUAAAGCUCCUUCAUGAGCAUCAAGUACUUCUCCGUUGCUUUACUCAGAAUGUAGACACUCUAGAGCGUCUUGCUGGAGUGCCCGAAGACAAAUUAGUAGAAGCACACGGUUCGUUUGCGGAAGCCAAAUGUCUUAAAUGUAAAAAACUGGCAGAUCCGGUGUGGAUGCGAGAAGUGAUCUUGAGUGGUGAGAUUCCAAAGUGCCCACACUGUCAGAAAGGCAUAGUUAAACCAUGCAUAACAUUCUUUGGAGAGUCUCUACCCGACAAGUUUUUUCGGCAUCUGCAAGACUUCAGUGUAUGCGACCUGCUCAUAGUAAUUGGUACAUCAUUACAGGUGCAGCCAUUUGCUGGUCUAAUCGAUAAUGUUGAUUCAGAUGUUCCACGUCUAUUAAUCAAUCGUGACGCUGCUGGAGUGCACGGUAUCUCCGGAUAUGGUUUUGAUUUCGAAGGAAAAUAUAAAUAUGUGAGGGAUGUUUUUUAUAAGGGAUCAUGUGAUGAGGGAGUGCGCAAACUUGCCGACUUAUGUGGAUGGAAGGAUGAAUUGGAGACGCUGUGUGUUAACGGUCAUGCUGAAUUGAAAAAACAAUAUGGUAUCCCCGCUGUUAUCGCUUCUCAGCUAAAGAAAGAAGAUCUCGGAGUGGAGAUAUUAACCAAGGAAUUUGAGAAGAAAGCAGUAAUUAAGGAUACUGGCAAGGAUAAAGAAGUAGUAAUCAAGGAAUCGACAAAAGAUGUAAAUAUAAUAACUCUGGAGAAUUCGGAAGAAGGCAUUAAGAUAGUAGAGACGAGGGUAGAGGAACGAAAUCGAACAAUCGAAUCACUUGCAUCGGAAGCUGAAACCCCGGGAAAAGGCAUUAAGAUAGUAGAGACGAAGGUAGAGGAACGAAAUCGAACAAUCGAAUCACUUGCAUCGGAAGCUGAGACCUCGACAGAUAAAUCUGCUGAUAUCGCAAAGUCUGCCGACUGA